GAGCGCCCACCCGAUAAGAACGCAUAUUCCCGAAUAACGAGCGACGGGGUGUUUCGGAUUGUCCAGUAGCAUUUCUCCACGUGUUCUCCAUCGGCUCGGCUUUGAUGCGCGGAAGGCCGCCCCACCCGAAUAAGAGCGGCGGAGUGGAUCGCGCGAAGCGGUGGUCGAGCAAGCCCUCGGUUCCUUGAUCGAAUCGUCGCUCCCUUCCAAGCUUCAGACAGCUCAUUCUUCAUGAAUUCUAUAAGCACUGUGGCAGCUACUGUUUCCUGUACUUCGGGAAACAAGGGCAACUUCUGGAUUUUGGUUUGCUUACUCCCAGCAUUCCUGGGAGCUCCGGUUGUAUACGUGAACUUCCAGUUGUUCAAGGCCAUUGUCAGGAUUCCUACUUCAUCAGUUGUUGUCUCGGAGAUUUGUGGAGGGAGCUAGCUUUAGCAGGAACCGUCUGCAACUAUUCAUAUCACAACUGCCAUCCACUUAGCAUUCUUAGAGAUGGUUUCCUCUCAGAUUUCUGGUCUAACCAGGACACAUGGUGACAAGUCCUUCAAGAGACAGAUACUUCUUCCGAUGCAUCCCCCUGAUGUUGUGCCCUCCGAGAGCACGGAGUUUGAUUUUUCUGAUGUAUUUGGUCCUGCCCCAGUUCAAGCCUCGAUUGAUGUAAAUAAAGUAGCCUCUGAGAAUUCUCUUCCUGCAUCAGAUUCAAAUGAGGAAGUUUAUGAUGAUCCAGUGGUGAUUUGCAAGCGAUCACAUUCUCUGGUGGGGCCCAUGGCUCGUGUUAGUCAGUCCUUGCAGCUCAACAAGCUCACUUUACAUGAAACUGAGAGCUCAUUGGAGCUCAUAGGGAGUGUUUCUGAAGAGACAGGAGACCAGGCAUUAUGCAUCUGCACUGCUGAAAAGCAUGAUAGCAAAUCUGAGAAGAGUGAGGGUGUGGGGCUUGAUGAUUUUGAAGUUAUGAAGGUUGUUGGGCAAGGGGCAUUUGGAAAGGUGUUUCAGGUGAAGAAGAAGGGCACCUCAGAAAUAUAUGCAAUGAAGGUCAUGAGAAAGGAUAAGAUUAUGGAAAAGAAUCAUUCUGAGUACAUGAAAGCUGAGAGAGAUAUACUGACAAAAACUGAUCAUCCUUUCAUUGUGCAGCUCAGAUACUCUUUCCAGACAAAAUAUCGGUUAUACCUGGUGCUGGACUUUGUAAAUGGGGGACACUUAUUUUUUCAGCUGUAUCGUCACGGUCUAUUCAGAGAGGAUCUGGCACGCAUAUACACAGCUGAAAUAGUGUCCGCUGUUUCCCACCUUCAUGCAAAUGGUAUAAUGCACCGGGACCUCAAACCUGAGAACAUACUUCUCGAUGCUGAUGGUCAUGCCAUGUUGACUGACUUUGGCCUGGCGAAGCAGUUUGAUGAAAACACUAGAUCAAAUUCCAUGUGCGGCACGAUAGAGUACAUGGCACCAGAAAUCAUACUUGGGAAAGGCCAUGAUAAGGCUGCUGACUGGUGGAGCGUUGGUAUCCUGUUGUUUGAAAUGCUUACCGGAAAGCCACCAUUUGUCAAUGGCAAUAGGGAGAAGGCUCAGCAGAAAAUAGUAAAGGAGAAGAUAAAACUGCCAGCAUACCUGUCCAGUGAAGCUCAUUCGCUGUUGAAAGGCUUGUUGCAGAAAGAAGCAAGCAAACGCCUUGGCAGCGGGCCUGGUGGCAGCAAUGAGAUCAAGAGCCACAAGUGGUUCAAGUCAAUCAACUGGAGGAAACUGGCGGCUCGGGAAGUCCGACCAAGCUUCCUGCCCAAUGUUGCUGGCAAGAACUGUGUUGCCAACUUCGACGAGUGUUGGACCAGCAUGCCAUUAUUGGAUUCUCCAGCUGCCAGUCCAGUCGCUGGAGACAGCAAUUUUGCAGGAUUCACGUAUGUGAGGCCUGCUCCUUUUCUUCAGAUGCCCAGCCCCUUAGGCUCAAGGACAAAGGAGGACAUCUACGGGUAGAGCAUCCAAAAUAGUUUGCAAUUAGAACAUGGCGGUUUUAGUCUAAUCAGUUAUCCAAAAUUUCUUGUGUUGCUUCCAAGUGCAUGUACACCGAUGACACUUUAGUUGUUCCUACCCCGGGAGUUUUACUCUGGCAUGUGUGAUCUAUAUUAACCUCCCAUUUUGGUUAUUUGUGUUCUAUGUUUCAGAUUUCUGUUUUUUAAAUUUCUAGGUUAUUCAGUUAUUACU